CUUCCGACGAAGGAGCUAGAACAGUUUGUAUUUUGCUUGUCAAAGCGACCUUUGAGUUGCUGCGUCCGACUUUGCAUUGUUGACAGAGACUUUAUUAUAAUACUGGUUGGAAUAUGACUGAAGAAAAAGAAAAUCUUCCGGUCCUUUUCCCACAUGAGAGGGACAAUACGAAAGAGAGCCAGAUACUCCUGUGGAUAUGGAAUUGUCUUGGAGAAAACAGUUGCUUCGAUUUUGACCAAUAUGUGAGAGAUGGAGUUCUUUUCUGCAGACUGAUGAAUUAUAUCAAACCGAAUUCUAUUCCGGGGGAAAUCAAGAACGGAAAUCUGAAGCAGAAGCGAGAAAACAUUGUCAAGUUCUUAAAAGCGAUGGAGAACUACGGAGUGCCUAAAGAAUAUCUUUUCCAUCCAGAUGAUCUCCUGCUCUUAAGAAACAUACCUAAUGUCACCAGGUGCCUUUUUAAGCUGGGAAAACUGGCGGAAAAAGACAGUUCUUUCAGUGGACCUUAUUUGGGAGACGAGCCUUAUGAAGCAGCAAAUAAGUCUGGAAGACGACGUGGCGGUCUACCAGUUGGAGAUGAUAUCUAUAUCGCUCAUGUGAAACUCGAAAACGUGAUUAAACAGUUGCACACGCCGCCGAAGAAGAUCGUCGAUUUCUACAGACCUCUUAUCUUCUAGAGGACAUUUAUAAAAUGACAACAUUUAUUGGACAAAAAAAUUACAUGUAUGAAUGAUUCAAAAUGAUUAUAUAUGAAAGAAGAAAUGUUUAUGAAAAAGAAAAGAUGAUGUGCAAAAACCCUUAAACAUUCUUUCUAAAUUGCCUACUUAUCUAAUCAAACAUAAUAAAUGGUUUGAAUCUAAUGCGAUAUUUGGUCACGCAAGCAUAAGAACAUAUAGCAAAAUUUUUUAAAUAAGAAUUUGAAAUUCUUUUUAAUUAUUUUCACAAAUGAAAGGAAAUAAAUAAUUCAGUCAUUAAUAAAUCAGUCAGAUCAGUAAUCAGAAGUAAGAUCCAGAAAAGCUCUGAUAUUCACUUUAGAUAAUUUUGAAAUUAAUCAUUCCACAAAAGACAUUCUUUGAAGUAGUAAAGAUGGUAAGAUGAAAUUUCAUGCUCCAAGAAAAUAAAAUAUUAAGGUUGUUCUUUUUGCAAUAAAUGUUCAAAGUAAACCUAUUUUUUUUUAAAAAAAUAUUAAGGCUG